AUUGGCUCAUACACGAAAGGCGGGCGACAAAACCCACGCCCAACUAGAAGGCGGUUAGGGUCAGAGCGCUUCGGCAGCCGUCGAGAAGGUUCGACCCCAGAAGAAGGAAAUAGGAAUUCGCUGGAGCAGUCAGAGACUCCGCGAGCGUUGACGCGCGCACCUUGUUGCUGCUGUUACAGAGAGAGGAAGAAGGUUCUGGGCUUGACGUGUUCUCCGCGGAGGCGCCGUGAUGGUGGCGCCGCUGAGGCGGCCGCUGUUCCUGCCGCUGUUGGUGGUGCUGACGGGGAGCGGAUUGGUGUGGGGCUGGGCCCAGCAAGAGAAAAUCUUGUUGCGAGAAAUCCAAGCCCUGACACUCUAUCCAGGCAGAUAUACAAAUUAUCGGCGGACCUCUCCAGUUCCUCAGUUGCACUGCACUGGAGGCUCGGCUGGAUGUGGAGCAUAUACCCCUGAGGUUGUCCAGUGUCACAACAAGGGCUGGGAUGGCUACGAUGUACAGUGGGAGUGUAAAGCACAUAUGGAUAUCUCAUACCGCUUUGGAAAAAUUGAAGUAAGCUGUGAAGGCUAUGAUUACCCGGAUGAUCCUUACAUAUUGAAAGGAUCAUGUGGCUUGGAGUACACAUUAGAAUUAACCAAGGAAGGACAGCAAAAAGCUAACUCUUUUGGUGGGAGUUACUAUUCCACAACUUCUCAUGAUUCAUUAGGUUCAGGUGCUGGAGCAAUCCUGAUAUUAUUAUUUGUGGCACUUGUUUUUGGCGUCUACAAGCUAUUUCUUUGUGAUAACCGUCCACAACAUGGUUUUUCUUACAAUGAUGGACAUCCAGGAACCUAUGGGCAGGAUCAUCAAAGCCCACCUCCACCAGGAUUUAAAUCAAACUUCACAGGUGACACUGGUGGCGCCUAUUCUAGUUCAAAUUCAGGGCCAGGUUUCUGGACUGGAUUAGGCGCUGGAGGGCUACUGGGAUACCUGGCUGGCACUCAAAGGUCACCUUCACAUCACCCACAUUCACCCUACUACAAUACAUGGACUGGUCCAGCAGCUCCACCUUCUACGUUUGGAGCCUCAAACAGCUCUACAACACCUUCUAGUUCAGGGACAAAGUCCACUUCCGGUUUUGGAGGCACAAAAAGGAGAUAAAGUUCCUGAUCUUCUUGAGCAUGUGAAUAAAAGCAACUUUCCAGCGACUUUGAAACCUGUUUUAAGCCCGAUGGCUUUGUAAAAGUUCAGUUUGGGAUUCAGUUGGACAUAAUUGUGUAUUAGCUGUUAAGUUUAAAAUAAUCUAGUUUUAGGUUUCAAGAAAUGCUCUUCUGGAUAAUUGCUGGGAAAAGAAAAUAGAGAGAAAGCAGAUGCAGAAAUUCAGUCUGAAACCAUUAAGUCACAGUGAAAGCAGUGGGACAUUUCUGGGUAAAACAUAAUUGAAAUUUGGCAAUAAAUGUUUUGGGCACACAUAUACUCAGAGGUAUGUCCUGUUGAAAUCAGUGGGCUUUACUCUAGGGGUAAAACCCUUUCUCCCCAAACCAGAGACUCUGUGCCAGAGUCUCAAAAUCCACUUCUUUGUGACAAAAACCUGCACUUCUGACAAGCUUGUGACAGAAGUUUCCCCAUCAAUCAACCUUGAAAGAAGGAGAGCUUCCGAAGUGACCUCUAUUGUAGCAUUGGCUUUUGUGAGGGGUGGGGGGUGGAGGAAGGGAUAGAGAAGCCUGUGUGUGUGUAUGUGUGUAUAAUAAUAAGCUGAAGGGAAAGCCAGGAGUUCUCCUGAAAUUUCAUUUUUGUUUUAUUGGGUAUAGCAACUAACAGAUUACAAAUCUACAUCUUUGAAAAUUAUUUUUAUUUGGUUAAAAAAAACAACACUGGAAAAACUGAGAUGUUUUAAAAACCCUAUGCAUUUCUAAAGUAAGUCUCAUUUGGGUUGUAUUCAACUAAAUCAUACUCUCGGUAUACCCACUGAAAUCAGGGGACUUAACCAGCGCUGGGCAUUGGCCACUAGCGCUACAUACUAAUCAUAACCAAAAUACCAAUACAGCCAAUUCAGUAGACCUAGAUGAGCCCAGUGAUGUGGAUCACACCCAUAUGCAUAACUACAUUAGGUAUUUGGGCAGAAUGCAGCUUCCCUACAAGGAUCUCCCUUGUUGGAUUGGAGGGUUACUUUUUUGGCAUGGCAAAAUAUUGGUGACACAGGGAAUACAGGUUUGUAUUCAACUCAGUCCUACUCAGACCCAUUGAAAUGAAGGAAUCCAAAUUAGUCAUGCCUACUCUGGGUCUUUGGACAUGUGUUCAUUAGUAUCUUCCUUCCUGUCCUUCGUUCUGUUCAAAUGUAAAUAUGCAUGUGGUACCAGCUUCUUUCACACAACCUUUUACUCAUAUUGAAAACUAUGACUGUUGUCUUGGCUUCCCUUCCUUCCUGUGGGCAGGCGGGGCGGAGACACUUAUCCCAACAUGUUUGCAUUUUAAAAGUUCUAAGAUAAAUUUUAUACCUUUAA